AUGUGCAGGCAGCUUGUACUCCUCGACGGCGCCGCGCCGCCGCGGCCGGGCCCGCCGCGGCAGGGGCCGAGGCAGCGGGCGCGGCGGGAGCAGCGGGAGGGAGGCGGCGGGGACGAGGGAGACUUCACAGAGCAGCAGCAGCAGCAGCAGCAGCAGCAGCAGCAGCGGCAAGCGGGGGACGGAGGGAGCGACGCAGCCGAGGGCGUCAGCGCCGCCGCCAUCGCGCGCGACGUCGCGGCGCGCGCGGCGGCGCUGCUGCCGGCCCUCGACGACCGCUGCAUCACCAACGUGGUAUACCUCCUUGCGAAGCUGUCCGUGCGCGGCCACCCCGCCCUAGGGCCCUGCGCCGCCGAGCUGGGGGCCCGCCUGCCGGCGCUCUCCGCGCAGCACCUGUCGAACUCGAUCUGGGCGCUGGCCACGCUCGGCGUCCGCCCGCCGGAGCGGUGGCUGGCCGACUUCUCGGCCGCGGCGGCGGCGCGCAUGCCCGAGGCGACGUGUCAGGGCAUGGCCAACCAGGCGUGGGCCCUCGCGCGGCUGGGGGCAGACCCAGGAGAUGCGUGGUGGGCGGCGCUGUGGGCGGCGAGCGCGCCGCUGCUGCCGGCGGCGCCGCCGGCGGAGCUCGCGAUGCUCAUCCACGCGGCAGCGCGGCUGCGGCGGCCGCCGCCGCGCGCGUGGCUGGACGCAUUCCUGGACGCCGGCUGCGACGGCAUGGCGGCGCACUCGCCGCAGGAGCUGACGAUGACGGUCUGGGCGCUGGCCGGCCUCGAGGCUGCGCCCCACAAGGCCUGGCUGAUGGGGUUCUUCGUCGUUUCGCUCGGCGCCAUGCGGGCCGCCACGACGCAGGACCUCUCCAUAUGGCUCUACUCAUUGGCUCGCCUGGACUACCGCCCCAGCCGCGUCUGGCUGGAGGCCUUUGUCACCGCCACCUACGACCGCCUGCCCAGCUUCCCGCCGCAAGAGCUGUCGAACCUGCUGUGGUCCCUCGCGCGCAUGGGCUGGGCGCCGCCGGUGCGCUACUGGUCGCGCGCGCUGGAGUGCGCGCGGCGGGCGUUCAAAGCGGCCAACGCGCAGGACAUUGGCGUCAUGGCUUACUCAGUCGCGUGCCUCGAGGCCGGGCUCCCCUCCGACGAGUGGCUGGCGGAUCUGGAGCGCUUCUCGCAGCCGCUGCUGCCCUCAUGCACCGACCUGCAGCUCGGCCACCUCAGCUGGGCGAUGCACCGCCUCGGCCGCCGCCCCGCGCGCCCCUGGCUCGACACCUUCGCUUCCGCCGCCGGCGCGCUGCUCGCCGCCGGCGCGUUCAGGCGCGUGCCGCUCGCAAUGGCGCUGCACGGCGCGGACGGCUGGGGCGCGGUCGCGCCGGGACGGGAGGCGCGGUGGGACGGGUUCCUGGCCGCGGCGCGGGCGCGGCUGCAGCAGCUCAACGUGGAGCACGGGCGGCGGCGGGCGCAGGAAUGGUGGGACUCGCUGCCACAGGAUGCUGAACAUGGAGGUGGCGGCGGCGGCGGCGGCAUCGGCGGCGGCGGCAGCGGCGGCGGCGGCAGCGGCGGCGGCGGCGGGCGGGACGGCCCAGAAAUGGCGGAGGGGCAGGCAGAGUGGGCGGCGGCGGCGGCGGAGACGGCGGCAGCUGCCGCCGCCGCCUCCCAGCCUCACCCGCCGUGGCAGGGGCAGCCGGGCGGCCCUGGAUUGGACGGAGCCACUCGGACAGCGGCAGAGGGCGGGGCCCAGGGGCGACCGGGCCCUGGCCGCGGCCUGAGGCGGCCCGCGCGGGGUGCGGCGCGAGGCCUGGGGCUGCGCGGGGGCGGCUCCAGCGGCCGAUCGAGGGGCGGCAAGGGCGGCGACCGCGGCACAGAGGAGGCCUCUGAAUGGGAGCCUCGCGGGUGGCCGUGA